CAUUACUGAGUCAUAACAGCAGGAUUUUAACGAAAGAAGCCUGUACAUAAAUUGUUCUUUUGUUUCCAAAAUAGGUAUUAGAAGUGGAUAAAUAAUGUGCACUGCUCUGAACCCAAAGGUACGCAGUGGACCUGGCCUCUCUGAUAUGCAUCAGUAUAGCCAGUGGCUGGCCAGCAGACAUGAAGCUAAUUUGCUACCAAUGAAAGAAGAUCUGGCCUUGUGGUUAACCAAUCUAUUAGGGAAGGAGAUUACAGCGGAGACUUUUAUGGAGAAGUUGGAUAAUGGUGCCUUGCUUUGUCAACUUGCAGAAACUAUGCAGGAGAAAUUUAAAGAGAGCGUGGACGCUAACAAGCCCACGAAGACUCUACCACUGAAGAAGAUUCCAUGCAAAGCCAGUGCACCCUCAGGCUCCUUUUUUGCUCGAGACAAUACAGCAAAUUUCUUAUCCUGGUGCCGAGACUUAGGAGUGGAUGAAACAUGUCUAUUUGAGUCAGAAGGUUUGGUCCUCCACAAGCAACCCAGAGAAGUGUGUCUCUGUUUGCUGGAGCUUGGCCGGAUUGCAGCCAGGUAUGGUGUGGAGCCUCCUGGCUUGAUAAAAUUGGAAAAAGAGAUUGAACAAGAAGAAACACUGUCUGCUCCUUCUCCUUCACCUUCUCCUUCAUCAAAAUCUUCUGGAAAAAAGAGUACAGGAAACUUACUGGACGAUGCAGUGAAACGAAUUUCUGAAGAUCCUCCUUGCAAAUGCCCAGCUAAGUUCUGUGUGGAGCGACUCUCCCAAGGAAGAUACCGAGUGGGAGAAAAGAUCCUCUUCAUUAGGUAGGGUCUUCAUGGUUGUGACUAUGUCUCCACAGCCAAAGCUAAGCAGACCUUGAAGGUAAUUACUUAGAAAAUUAAGGGGGAAAUGUCUCCACUCUGCUUUCCCUGUGGAGCCUUGGCCUCCAAUCAAAUAAGGGGUGUUGGGCACCCAAAAGCUUAUCUGUUGUCCUUUUUCUUUUCUUAAGUGAGGUAUUACAACACUGUUUCUUCUUUGAUUUUUUCCUAUAACACUUUGUAAAAAUGGCAAUCGGGGUAUAUUGGGGGUGGAUGGAAGGUAAUAAUCUAGUAAUAUGUCUUUUUUGUAGCAUAAUUCCCAUGAUCCAGUGAGUUCAUUCACUUCCAAAAUUAUUCAAAUUGGUUUAAAGUAUAUACCUGAACUGAGAUUAGCUUCUGCUCACAAUAUUAUCUUGGUCUUGGCUUUCGAAUAUUUGAAAUAUAUAUUUGCAGUUAAAAGUAAAGUGUCAUAUGAUUUCAGAAUGUCUCUAUUCUAUUCCUAGUGCACGAAUUGCCCUUGAUGGUCGAGCACAAAUGGAACCUCAUGGACAUCUCACAGAUUUCUGCUCCUGGCCCCAUCCCUAACUUCCAGAUAGAUCAAUAGUAUUUUACCACAUCAGUACAAUAAAUGUUAAAGGGAACAGCGAUGGGACAGGAUUUUAAUUUGAAGGACUAAUGUUGCCACGGCGCAUAGGAAGAUUAGCUUAUUUUUAGAUUUUAAAUAUUAAUAUUUAUGACCUAGAAAGUGGAACUUACUUGAGAAAGUCUUGUCCAUUAUACAUAAAUAGAAAAUAAUUUUAAGAGAAACCCCAUUGUCUACAUUUUGCUUCAAAAGGGAUGAACGUAUCUUGAAACUCUGUACAUUAUGAAAAUAAGUUUAGAUUUCUAAAAGUGUGGUUAAAUUCAUCCCUUUUUCAGCAUUUAUACCUGUCUUCAUUCAACGCAUUUACAAGGGUGUGCCAUGUGAAAGAACUAUUAGAAAGCUUGGUAAAGUUUCUCUGUAACCUCUGUUUCUAUGUGAAGAUUAUGUUUUGGGAUGUAAAUAUUGAUCAGGUCCUAUCUAAUCAUUAAGACAAUUCAAUAUAAUCUAAUCUGUUAUCUCCAUUAAUAGAUGACAAGCAGAAGAAAGAAAUAAGUGCCUGAAAAUUCACUUCUAAAAUUUCAAGAGACCCAAAGGUUAUAGAACAUAAGCAUGUGUGACUGAGUUGGGUGGCAGAGACGCCAAGCAUAACUUUGCUUAGACCUGUUGAAAGAUAGGGCGUAGAGAAUUAUGAAACAAGUCACUGUUAAAUGAAAAUGAAAUCUAAAUCUGGGGAGCUAAUCUGACUAUGACAGCUCUGAUCCUCGUUCAUCACCAUGUCCACUGAACCCCUGUUGCUGGCUGGUGUUACAUUCCCCCGUUCAUUAUUCAGGUGUCACAGGUGGUAACACCUGACGGGUUUUCUUUGUUCAGAGAAACUGAGUAUCUGUGUUCUUGGCAAUGCUUAAAUUGCCACACCUCUCCUUGUGCCUUAUAAAAGUAAUUUUUUUUCAUUUUCAUUGGUGUCUUUUAAUAGAUCAUGUAUAUUGACCUAAAAAGACAGGUAUGUAGUUUUCUAAAAUCCCUACUCACAAUUCUUUAUAUUUUCUAAAGAAAAUCUCUGAGGUUAGUAUUAGCUCAGUAGGCAUUAUGGGUUUUGUCCUGGAGGUUUAUA